AUGCCAGGAGAAAUAGAGACCACUUAUUUUGACUCUUUAAGUGAACAAGAACAACAUUUACAAGAGAAUUAUUCCUGCAUUAAGGAUAUUUUCAAAACUUUAAAACAAUUGAAAAAUAAAGAUGCUACUGAUGAUGAAUUGAAGCAAAAUCUUGAUAAUUUAAGCAUAUAUUAUAGAGAUUUAACAAGAAGUUCCAUUGAUUUGAAAUAUAAUAAAUACCAGACUAGAGAGAUUCAAUUAUCUCAUCUUGAUAAGAUAAGCAAUGAGGCUCAAACGUUCAAGAGAAAGCAUAAGACGAUUUAUUUAAGAGAAUAUGUUAAUACUACUGAAAGUAUUAAUGGUAAAUCUUUAGAAUAUAUUAAUUUGUUACAAAGGUUAUCCGUUGAUCUAGUUAGGCAGAUAGAAAUAUCGGAUCCUAAUGUUUCUAAGAUUAAUGUUGAUGGUUGGAAUCCGCCAAAGAAAAUUCAAGUUUUAUUAGAUAAAUUUGGUGAGCCAGAUGCGGAUACUCGUGAAUUAAAGAUACAAGUGCAACGUUACCUGGAUGAUAUUAAGAUGUCUCGUGCUAAAUAUAGUCUGGAAAAUAAAUAUUCAUUACAAGAGAAAUUGAGUGAAGUGACUAAAGCUGUAAAUCAAUGGAGAGCGGAAUGGGAUAAUAUAGAGAUGAUGUUAUUUGGGGACGGAUCGAAUUCAAUGAAAAAUAUGUUAGCAAAUGUGGAAUCAAUUAAAAGCAAAUUAGAGGAAGAGGCUAAGGCAGAGUCGAAAGAAGAAGAAGGGGAAGGAGAAGGAAAUGAUGUCGAAAUGACGUAG